UUCCUAAACUUGUAAAUCAUGUAGUUUUAAUUUUAUCUCUAUUGUAUAUAUGUAAACUAAGCUUUUUUUUUAUAAAAAUGGAUCAGCUAAGAUUACCUGAAGAUUGUGCAAAGCAAUGGGAAAUCUUGUUAUUGUUGUUAUCAUCAGAAGAAAAAAAAAUCGAUCGCACCAGUGAAAAUGAAGUGGACACAAUCAAUUACUUCCUAAAAUGUGAAGGAGUACGAAAAAUUCUUACACAAUGGCUAAAUCAAAUGAAAACUUCAUAUGCUAAAAAAGUUCAAGAUAAUGAUACAGCACUAAAGUGUGACAAUGUAUCAUUGUUGUGGAGACAAAAAGGAAACGAAAAGUUUAGGGCCAACUUUAUAGAAGACAGUUACAAAUGCUAUACCAACAGUGUCCUGUAUGCCAACCAAAAUGGAUCAAUGUACCCUCUGGCGCUUGCAAAUAGAUCUGCAGCUUUGUUAAGACUAAAAAGGUUUAAGGAAUGUCUUUUGGAUAUUGCGCUGGCCAUCAAGAAUAAUUAUCCAUUUGAACAGCAGCACAAGCUGCUGUUGCGUCGUGCAGACUGUCACAUGGAGUUGUGUCAGCGAAAGGAAGCCAAACAAUCCCUUGAGGCCGCAACUCAACAUGCCAAUCUGCUUGACAUGACUGCAUCACAAUCUUUGGAAUUUGAACGACAUGUCAAGAUAUUGGAGAAAAAAUUAGCCACUUUAGAAGGAGAAAGUAAAAGGCAGCAGCCAGUUGAGUUACCUGAAUGUCAUUUGGGCACAAAUUCAGCAUUUAAUGCUGCAUCACAAGCAAUUGAGCUAAGACGCAACGAUACAGCGGGCAGACACGUUAUUGCUAAAGAGAAUUUGAAGCGUGGUGAUGUGCUAUUCUCUGAAGAACCAUACGCCUGGGUCACGCUGCCAACUGAUGACAAUGUGUGUGAGAUGUGCUGUCAAGCCGAUAUAAACUUAGUGCCUUGUAGCGUAUGUUCCCGAAGCGUGUACUGCGGGGAGCAAUGUCGCGCCAACGCUCAAGCCUUCCAUCGGUGGGAGUGUGAGGGGGCCCAGUCUGCGCUCUUCCCCACUAUAGGCAUCGCUCAUUUAGCUUUAAGGGUGCUCUUAAUAGGCGCUAGCAAAGGCUUUCCACUCCUACCAAAUCAUGUGAAGGAGCCAAAAACAGCCUUAGACCUGUUCAGAGGUUAUUCUGCCGUGGACAAUAUAAAGAUAUACAAAACAGACGCACAACCCUUCUACAGAAUGUUCAAUUUAGUGACCAACUUUGACAAUAUGAAUAAUACCGACUAUAUACAAUAUGCAUUGACUGCGGCGAUGCUGACUUUAUAUUUAGAGAAGUUUACAAAGUUUUUCGAAUAUCUGCCGAGUCGUGUGCCCUACUCUCUCAGCGAUGGACAACUGAAACUCUUCGCUGCGGCCAUCAUUUUGAGGAGUUUGGGUCAGCUGGUCUGCAACGGUCAUGCUGCUUUGAGUUUGUCGACAGUGGAAGACGACGAUAUUGGUCGCACAGUGAGUGAGCGCGAGGUGCGGCGGGCGACGGCCAUCUACCCCUCGGCCGCCAUGAUGAAUCACUCCUGCGACCCCAACAUCAUCAACACUUUCUACAACAGCCGUCUGAUAAUUCGUUGCGCUCGCGAGAUCAACGCCGGGUCAGAGGUGCUCAACUGUUACGGGCCGCACCGCGCGCGGGCCACCACCGCCCAACGCAGGCUGCAAUUGCGAGCUCAAUACAUGUUCCACUGCAGCUGCAGCGCUUGUAUUGACACGGAGCGGAUUGAUUUUGUGCUGCUGUUCAGCGCGUACGCGUGUCAGUCGUGCAAGGGUCCCGUGGCGUGGCACAGCAAGCCGCGCUGCCAGCAGUGCCGCGCCGACUUCAACCCGGAGCGAGCGAUGUCCAUCAUCGACCGGGCCGAGGAGCUCGCGUUACAAGCGGAACGUUCGCCGAACAUCGAAGAGAGGUGUGACCGGAUGCAGGCGUCGUACAAGCUGAAGCAGCAGGUGUGGCACAGACACCACUCGUCGCUGCGGGCGGCGGCGGACAAGCUGGCGCGCCUUUACGCCGACAUGGGUGAAUACGGCAAAAGUAUGGAACUUAUAAAACAGAACAUUCAGAGCUUGGAGUAUCAAUUUGGGUCCUUCAGUGUUGAGGUGGCGCACGAAUUGAGGAAACUUUCGGAUGUGAUGUUGGAAAGAAUAUUCAACGCACCACAAAAUCCUGAUUACAGGGACUGGUGUUUGGAAGCACACAAGAUAAUAAAGAAGGCGAUACAGCUGAUGGAACUAAACUACGGCUCGUGGGAGCCACUGGUGGCCAGGCUUAAGGAACACGAAGGUUACAUAGCUUCGUUCCUCGCUGACAGUCGCUCGUCCGACACCAUCGACUGUAUACACCACAAUCUGCAUUAUAACCUCAAAAUAUGAAUAGUACAUCUUGGACGAGGAAUCCUGAAUGAGUGCAUUAAGUAUAGCAAGAUUAUGUAUCUAGUGACAGUAAUGCAAGGCAUUUGCUGUUCCGUUGCUGUCGCAUAACAUUCGCGCUGCCGGUCACCAGAAAAGUUAAAAUUCCAUAAAUCUACAGUUGCUCUCUUUCACACACGAAAAUAUCGCUCGCUCUUACGGGUAUGCGAUAUUACAAGCAACUUAUCAAAAUAUUAACAAAAACUCUGGAUUUAUCAUUCUUUUGGAAGUCAUUUACUUUUUUUUAAUAAUUGAAGAUUGGAAUAAUAUUGUAACUCCUGCAUGCUUAGGCACCAUAUGUUUUUGCGGAAAAAUAGACGAAGUAACUGAUGGGCAAAGGAAAUCUCCAAAAUAUCACUAUUUUUAUUCUUUCGCACUUUUACCCAACUAGAAUAUUAUAAUUCGUAUGAUGCAAAAGUAAUGAAUGAAUCGAAUUCGCGAGUCAAAGCGUAAACGUAAAUUAACGAAUAUUUAGUGUGUAAGCAAAAUUAUAUUUUAUAUGCUUUACUGGUGGAAAUAUUGUAUAAGAUAAUGUGUGACGCGCGAGAUCAAUGCAAAUAAGCAAUAAUUUACAAUUUCAACUUUAUAGAUACAUUAAGGUCUACUUACUUCCCCUUCAGAAUUAUCACCAAGUAUUGCUUGGUGAUAAACUUACGAAUAAUAAAUACUGUAUUCUAUUUCGAUACUAUUACUCAACUCGUCUGGUCCGAGGUCUUCAAUGUCCUAUAUUACUGAGAGUGAUACUAGCUAAUUCAAUUUAUGCCUGGUUUUCAAUUUUUUUAGACAGAAAGACCAUCUCAUAGG